AUGACGGUGUCCGUGCGCCCGAGGUUGCCGGCGCUGUUUGGACGAACUGGGCGGCCUGUGGCGGUUCGGGGACUAGGCCCAGGCCCCGCCCUCACCCGUGCCCGCCCAGAGACCCGGCUCCGCCCCCGCCGCGCCGGACGGGCCCCGCCCAGAACCCUGGGCUCGGCUCCUCCCCGCCGCUCCGCUGCGCGGCGCCGUGGCCGGUCCUCCUGGGCCGGACGCCGUGGCCCGGCUGGCGGCGCGCGGGAGCGGCGGGCCCUGACACGUGGAGUGCCGGGGUGGCCGCGCCGAGCGGGGAGAGGACGGCGAGGGCGGGGACGGCCCUCCCCCACUGCGCGUCCUCGCAGCCAGGCACGGGACUCUGCGGCUCUGGCCCGAGCCAGAAGCGCUUGUUCUGGGGGCAGCGCUUGCAUCCGCCUCCCGGCAAACAGCCCGCCCUUGCCCUGCGCCCUGAGGGGGCACACGCAGGCACGUGCCUCCACGGGGCUCCCUGAGACCCUCCGCACUGCCCCCAGUGUCGCACAGGCGCCUCUGCCCGGUCAGGAAGGGACAUUUCCUGGACCAGCUGGAGGAGAAGCACUCGGACAGCCAGCACCUCGCUCCUACCCGGCCUCGCUCCACCUCCGCAGUGGUCAUGACAAUGACACGCGUGCUCUGGUGCACCGUGGCACGAAAGGCAGCCACGUGGCCUGCACACAGCCCUGUGUGGCGAUAUACACAUUACCCACUCUGGCCUGGCUCCUCCUCUGGGUCACCCUGAAAGGGAAUGGACCCAACUGCCAGUCAUUUUGGCAUGGAGAAACAGAAGUCUACGCAGGGGUACAGGAGCCGGCAGUCCUGCUGCUGCAGCAUCUGGGAGUGACGGAGGCUUCAGCCCAUGGCUCUGGCUCCUUCCCAGCACCCUGGACACCCACCCACUCCCUGGCUCCACACCCUCUUGGGCCCCUGCCCCAACCCCAGCAGACGGAGCAGGCUCUCAGGCUUCUGCUGUGAAAAACAAGCAUUUGUCCACCCAGUCCGUGGUCAUUUGUUAUAGCAUCCUGAGCUGACACCGCGGCCCUGGCUCCCCAUCCCAGACCGUCACAGUCCAGCGGUAUUCACCACAUUGGCACCUGUCGUGCCUGCCGCCCACGCAAGGCGGAAGCUUGCUGGGUCCCAGGGCUGGAACACGCCUGGGGGUUAGCGGCUUACUUGAGUUAAGAAUCGGACGACUAAGCAGGUGGGUGGCAGGUGGGUGAACAGGAGGGCUCAAGGCCGAGG